UGCUUUUGUUUGGAAACGAUCCCUUCUUGAGCAUAGCUGUGCGGCACUUGACACGUGCCAUGAAGAUCCUGUGGGCCUUGCUGGCGAUGGUGUUGGGGGCGAAUGGGAUGACCUGCCCGGGCUCGAAUUCCUUGAUACAUGCCUCUGCACAGGUGGUAGCCAUCGCUGGAUCAUCUUGUAAAGAUGUGCACGAGGAAAUUCUUGCACGAGUCCAGUCCAAGUGGCAUGACCCGCACAACGGAGGAACCUACAGCCUUGUCUCUGCUACGGCACUCCAGCUACAACUGAAGCGCUUGACCGGAGACAAGAAGUACACGGACAAAAUGACCAUAACCCUUUCUGACACUAAUGGAAAGUGUAUGAUCAUGGGUUGCUCGGAGUCACAGGUAUUCUCCAUUGGGGACAAGUCCACCAACUUUUGCAACCUGCACAACCUUUACUGCGGUUCCGCGGGCGGCUGUCAGCCUGUGAAGCACGACUUUGCUGUCAGCGAGACCAAGAUUGACACUUCUAUUGGUGCUGGUUCAAACAGACAAGUAUGCCUCGGACCGGUUUUUCAGUGAGAUGCAGUCGCCCCAAAGCGAUCUGAGGGAUCUGAAGGGUGCGGAUUUGUGCUUCUCAAUGAAACUACAUCUUUGAGGCUGUGUUGUACGAUGGGAGGUAGGCAUGGUGAUUUUGAACCAUCGAUGAUCUCAAAUCCCCAACUCAUCUCCAAUCAUGAAUCACGACCUGGCCGACAGCACAGACGAUUCCUGAGUAGAGGGGAAGAAGGUUCUCAAUUGACAAACUGAAUCGGAAUAGUUGCUGUGCUACGAAGAGAGUUCUCAGCGACUUUGAAGUGCCAAUAUGUACAGAAAAAAACGGCACUUCGGGCCGACUUCGGCUGAGAGGGUGAGAGAUUCCUGGUUCUAGCUGAGAUCAAUGAAUCAACAGUUUAGGAUUGGAACAUAGAACAUAUAUUCCAUUCUGGGUGUUGCUCGGUGUUCAUGUCAUUAAAAGACAGGCAAACCAUGCAGUGACAAGCGA